UGGGUCACGUGAGCAGCGGGCCGGUGUUGGCUCCUCCCUCCCAAAGAUGGCGUCCUUGCUGCAGUCGGAGCGGGUUCUCUAUCUAGUACAGGGAGAAAAGAAGGUCCGGGCCCCGCUCUCUCAGCUCUACUUCUGCCGCUAUUGUAGCGAGCUGCGGUCGCUGGAAUGUGUGUCUCACGAGGUGGACUCCCAUUAUUGUCCUAGUUGCUUAGAAAAUAUGCCAUCUGCUGAAGCCAAACUAAAAAAGAAUAGAUGUGCCAAUUGCUUUGACUGUCCUGGCUGCAUGCAUACCCUCUCCACUCGGGCAACAAGCAUCUCCACACAGCUUCCAGAUGACCCAGCCAAAACCACCAUGAAGAAAGCCUACUACUUGGCCUGUGGAUUUUGUCGCUGGACAUCUAGAGAUGUGGGCAUGGCAGACAAAUCUGUAGCUAGUGGUGGUUGGCAGGAACCAGAAAAUCCUCACACACAACGGAUGAACAAACUGAUUGAAUAUUAUCAGCAGCUUGCUCAGAAAGAAAAGGUUGAACGAGAUCGCAAGAAACUGGCACGGCGUAGAAACUAUAUGCCUCUGGCUUUUUCGCAACAUACUAUUCAUGUAGUGGACAAAUAUGGUCUUGGAACAAGGCUUCAGCGACCACGAGCUGGUGCAUCCAUCAGUACCCUUGCUGGACUUUCCCUUAAAGAAGGAGAAGACCAGAAAGAGAUAAAGAUUGAGCCAGCUCAGGCUGUGGAUGAAGUGGAGCCUCUACCUGAAGACUAUUACACAAGACCAGUUAAUUUAACAGAGGUGACCACUCUUCAGCAGCGCCUCCUACAGCCUGAUUUCCAACCGAUCUGUGCUUCACAGCUUUAUCCUCGACACAAGCAUCUUCUGAUCAAACGGUCCCUUCGCUGUCGGAAAUGUGAACAUAAUUUGAGCAAGCCAGAAUUUAAUCCAACAUCUAUCAAAUUCAAAAUCCAGCUGGUUGCCGUCAAUUAUAUUCCAGAAGUGAGAAUCAUGUCGAUUCCCAACCUUCGCUACAUGAAGGAGAGCCAGGUCCUCCUGACUCUUACAAAUCCAGUGGAAAACCUCACACAUGUGACUCUGUUGGAGUGUGAGGAGGGGGACCCUGAUAAUACGAACAGCACUGCUAAGGUGGCAGUGCCUCCCAAAGAGCUUGUGUUAGCUGGCAAGGAUGCAGCAGCAGAGUACGAUGAGUUGGCAGAGCCCCAGGACUUCCAGGACGAUCCUGACAUCAUAGCCUUUAGAAAGGCCAACAAAGUGGGCAUUUUCAUCAAAGUCACCCCACAGCGCGAGGAGGGUGAGGUGACCGCCUGUUUCAAGAUGAAGCAUGAUUUUAAAAACCUGGCAGCUCCCAUCCGCCCCAUCGAAGAGAGUGACCAGGGCACAGAAGUCAUCUGGCUCACCCAGCACGUGGAACUCAGCUUGGGUCCGCUUCUUCCUUAAAAGUUUUCCCUGGUGGGCAGAUCCCACCAGCAACGUCACCACACACACCCGUGUUACAGUGUGGAAGCUGCUGCUUCCCUAGCCCGUGUUUAUAACGAUGUACCCACGCACUACUGAGUCUUCUUCCUAAGAGCAGGUGCAGAGCCAGGCAUUGGGAAUGGGUAGCUGCUAUUCCUCUUGCUCUCUCCUGUUGGCACCAGUAAGUCGGUGUCUCCCUCAUUCUGACCUGCACGUUGAGUAACGACAUAGUUCCAUCCCAGUAAAAGGGAUGGCUGCUCCUCAGAGAAACUGACCAUAUAUCGUCUCUUAGUCUCCUCACAAGGAUCAGUCUGACAGACAAGACUUAAAAUGGUAACCCAAAGCUUGGCCUGCUCCUUGUCUAGCACUGGUCUCGGUGAACCGACUGCUUUCUGCAUUCCGUGAAAUAUAGCUGAGCGGUCUAAAGCAUAUCCCUUCCCUCGCCGUCAUGGCUCUCACUUUGCCGCAGACUUUCACAUAAAAAAUGGAACUGUCGCAUUGUCUUUAGUUUUGUGAUGAUGGGGAAAACCUGUAAAAUUCUUAAGGCAUUCUUCAUUUACUCUCUUCUAAGUCAACACAGGACACUUUAUCAGUUGCUCUUAAAUUUUCUCCCAGUAGAAUAUGGAACUUUUUCUUAAUAAAAAGUUCAGAAGCAGGCAGUUACAUGUCCUGUCAGGCCAGGCAUAGUGGCACAGGGCUGUACUCCCCAGGCUGUACUCCACGUGGGCGGAGGCAGGAAGAGUGGAAGUUCGAGGCGAGCCUGGGCAGCGUGGUGAGACCUUGUCUCACAAUGAAAUAAAAAGGGGUGGAGAUAGCUCAGGAAAGCCUGAGGGACAAGUUCAUUUCUAGAAUGCAGAAAACAUUUUUAAAGUUAGAAUUUCAGCAUAAUCUGAACUAAUGUUCUUUCCGCUAAUAUGAAAGGGAAAUUAUAAUUUGCACCUCAAACUGGGUAUUAAAAAAACGGACUUUUCCUCUUAACAGAGCUUAAGACUUGGGUCCUGUGGUGUAUCAAAUAAGACCAUUCUGACUGUAAACCACAACAUCGUUCCACAGGCAGCCAAGAAUGCUGGCUUAACAGCGCAUCCACUGUUUGUACUUGGAUACUAGAGCUGAAUUGCUAACCUUAAUUUUUGUGAUGUUUUCUAAAACAACUGACAAAGUAGACCACCAGCUGUACACCAUAUGUCUUUAAAAGUAUUCUUAGUAAGUGGCCAAUGGACGUUUGAGAAAAAGAUAAAUGUCCUGUUUAUCCUGGUUUUGUUUUUAAGUCUAGCUUAAAAAUGCUAAGACAUGUAAUCUAGAAUACAUGUAGGACAUGAUCCAUGUAGCUCCCCUUGAAAGAUGAGGCUAUUAGGAAACUUUUGAAAGACCCUAAAUUUUACUUUUAAGGUCAAGCCAAUUUUAUGAAGCAAUAUUCCCACAGAGUAAUAAUACAUGCUGCAGUAAAGAAAAAAUAUUCAUCUCUAAUAUCAUGUAUGGUGAUAAUUGAAGUUCAGCCUCUUGGGAGUUGGGACAGGGAGAUGGGUAAUUAAUAGCUUUGCAGACUGUAGAAAGAUUUUAGUUUUUUGUGUCCCCACCCCCCAGUGUGUCAGUUUCCAUUUCACUAGAGCCUGCUGUGAAUGCACUGCUCCAUACCGGCCGGUGGAAGAGGUGGGCGUCAGAGUAGAGGGCAGGACAGCCUCAUCCGUUUACACGUUUGCAUGGACUACAGUUACGUCGGGCCUGUAUGGCAUGAAGCUGGUGUCUGAAGUAAUGGAUCUCAUCACUCCCAUGUGAUACCAAAACCAAAAACGUUUUAUCCGUUUUUUUCUUCAGAAGCCAAGUUAACAUGCAGAAUAACAGAGCUAUAGGUUUCAAUGUCCUCAUUCU